CCGGCGAUGCCCGCCUCCUCCGUCUCGGGCGGCAGCGGCCCGGGCGGCGUCUCCCCCGACGCCAUCAUCGAGUGGCUGCAGGACGAGAUGGGCUACCCGUCCGCGCCGCCCGCGCCGGACCAGCUCCGCAAGAUCUGCCGCGGCAACAUGCUCCCCGUCUGGUCCUUCCUGCUCCGCCGCGUCCGCUCCGAGCGCACCGUCGCCACGGCCCGCCGCAACAUCCUCGUCCACGGCGUCGCCGCCAGGCGGGCCCGGGAGGGCGGCCUCGGCGCGGGCGGCGGGGGCGGGGGCGACGCCGCCGCCAGGGAGGCCGAGGCCAGGGAGCGCGACCUCGCCGCCGAGGAGGCCGAGCGGCUGCGCGGGGUCGUGCGCAGGCAGCGUAAGGAGCUGCGCGCCCGCAUCGCCGAGGUCGCGCGGGAGGAGGCCGAGCGCAAGCGCGUCCUGGGCGAGCGAUCCAGUGCCAGGCACAAACAAGUUAUGCUCGAGGCCUAUGAUCAGCAAUGUGACGAAGCUUGCAAAAUAUUUGCUGAAUACCAGCGACGUCUGCAUCAGUUUGUGAACCAAGCAAGAGAUGUGCGAAGAUCAAGUAUAGGUGUGGCUGGAUCUGUAGAUGCUAUUGAGGAGAUGCAGUUGCAGAGCGAGCGAGAUGACCUUUACUCAAGUGUCAAAAGUAACAGGUUGUCAGAAGAUCUUGCCCUUGUAGAGACCUCGCGUGAAAGGAGUAUCCGAAAGGCAUGUGAAACACUUGCUGCAGAUAUGGUUGAAAUGAUUCGGAGUUCGUUUCCAGCGUUUGAAGGGAAUGGCAUUAAUUCAAGUUGCCAGUUAGACGUGGCAAAGCUUGGCACUGAUUUGGAUGGUGAAAUACCAGCAGAUGUUAAAGCUGUGGCAUUAGAUUCCCUGAAAAAUCCUUCCUUGUUACUGCAAUCGAUCAAUGCGUAUACGUCACGUAUGAAAUUGCUUGUACAUAAAGAAACAGAAAAGAUUGACAUACGUGCUGAUGCAGAACUCUUGAGGUAUAAGUACGAAAAUGAGCAGGUCAUUGAUGCCGCUUCAACUGACGCAAGCUCACCCUUACCAUAUCAGGUGUAUGGCAAUGGAAAGAUUGGAUCAGAGUUGUCGACCCGAGGAACAUAUGACCAGCUGCUAGAGCGACAGAAAGAACAUGUUCAGCAGUUCUUAGCCACAGAAGAUGCUUUAAAUAAAGCUGCAGAAGCUAAAGCUCUAAGUCAGAAGCUCCUGCAGCGGCUCCAUGGAACUGUUGAUACGACUGGAAGUAAGAAGCUUCCUACUGGGAACACCCCACAGAACGUGACGAACAGCAGGCACUUGGAGCUGGAUGUUUGGGCCAAAGAAAGAGAAGUUGCUGGAUUGAAGGCAAGCUUGAAUACACUAACAUCAGAGGUGCAACGUUUGUAUAAACUAUGUGCUGAGUGGAAAGAAGCGGAAGAUUCUCUGAAAAAGAAGUGGAAGAAAAUUGAAGAGUUUGACGCUCGUCGAUCAGAACUCGAGUGCAUUUACAGUGCUCUUCUACGGGCCAAUAUGGAAGCGUCAGCAUUUUGGGAGCAACAACCGUUAUCUGCUAGAGGAUAUGCAUCAAGGACAAUCAUCCCUGCAUGCAAUGCUGUGGUAGACAUGUCAACUAACUCAAGAGAUCUCAUUGAGCGAGAAUUAGUCGCGUUUGGUCAAAGUUUGGAGAACAGCUUAUGCAGGUUACCGGCAACUCCUCAGGCCCUUUUGGAGGCUGUGGGUUCUAAUGGUGCUACAGGAUCAGAAGCACUCGCAGCUGCAGAAAAACAUGCUGCUAUGUUAACUGCGAGAGCUGGUGCUAGAGAUCCAUCUGCUAUACCAUCUAUAUGCCGCAUUUCUACUGCUCUUCAGUAUAAUUCUGUGUCGCCAGGAGAAGGCACAGAUUCUGGCUUAGCAUCAGUUUUGAGUUCGCUGGAGUUUUGCCUAAAACCUUGUGGUUCUGAAGCUAGUAUACUAGAGGAUCUAUCAAAAGCUAUUAAUGUGGUGCACACACGAAGAAAUCUUGCUGAAAAUGAUCGUGUUUUGCUAAACCGUGCACAUCGCGCUCAGCAAGAAUAUGAAAGAGUGGCGAACUAUUGUCUUAAAUUAGCCGGUGAACAAGACAAGGUUGUGGCAGAACGGUGGUUGCCAGAACUGAGAAAUGCGGUUCAAGAGGCUCAAAGGUGCUUCGAGGACUGCAGACGUGUAAGAGGCUUGGUCGAUGAGUGGUACGAGCAGCCAGCAGCAACAAUAGUUGACUGGGUUACCAUAGAUGGGCAAAGCGUCGGUGCCUGGAUCAAUCUCGUAAAACAGCUCCACAUGGAGAUCUCCAGGCGAACACUUGCCAUGUCUUCGGCAGGUGACGAUUAGGGAAAGCUGCUUGCUACCACAUCUUUUUUAUAUUCUUUGGAGACCAUCAUGAUUGGUUGGGUUUCUAGCUGGUUGUAUCUACUCCGAUAGUUUUGUGCCAUAUGCUGUUUUGUAAUGGGUUUAUAUGCAUCUUUCUUGGUCUAGCUUUGUAAUUAGUUUAUGUAUGUGUUCUUGUAUGUUGUCAUGUGUUCAAUGCCAAUUUGUUACAUUGUGU